CUAAGCUUUGGUUUGUCUUUCACUUUUGAAGGCUUGGGAUGUCAUUGAGGGUGCGGCGUGGCCACGGCAAUCGAUACUCAGUGAGAUGAGGAGGAGGUGGGGGUGGGCCGGGCGUUUUAUGGCCGCCGUCAGAGAGCAAAGUCUUCUCGCGUCAACACGCCGUGAUCUUUCGGUGCGAGGUUUACAGGUCGCUUUGUUGAUCGUCGUCUUGGUCUCCUUCUUAGCCGUUGGGACCCUUCCUGGGCAGACUUGGUCAACUUCUUCAUCUUCUUCUUCUUGCUGACCGUCGGGAACGUUGGUGCGGCGACAAUGUCGACAGCAGUGGAGGCGACGGGCUUCAUCAUGUGCCUGCUGAGCUGGCUGCUGACGGGCGUGUCGCUGGCUAACGACUACUGGAAGAUCUCCACCGUGUCGGGCAGCGUCAUCAUCUCGCAGCGCCAGUUCGAGAACCUGUGGCACUCGUGCGCCGAGAACAGCGCCGGCAUCGCCGAGUGCAAGGACUUCGAAUCUUUGCUCUCGUUGCCCGGUCAUGUCCAGGCAUGCCGCGCCCUGAUGAUUGUGUCUUUGGUGAUGGGUUUGGCUUCCAUGGUGGUUUCUCUACUGGGCCUCAAGUGCAUCAAGAUCGGCUCCGCCGGAGACACCUCCAAGGCCAAGAUGGCCGUCACCGGAGGCAUCCUCAGCAUCCUGGCCGGUGUUUGCUGCAUGACGGCAGUGUCGUGGUACGCCAGCAUGGUGGUGCAGGACUUCUACAACCCGCUCUACAUGGGCGUCAGAUUCGAGCUGGGCGUGGGUCUGUACUUGGGCUGGGGAGCCUCCUGUCUCUCCGUGCUGGGGGGCGCCUUGCUGUGCACAGCCUGCAAGAGGGCGUCACCUGCUGGCCACAAAAGUGGUUACUACGGCAACGGUCCUCCAGCCAAGGUCUACAAGGCCACACCUACGUCGGAGGCGGAGACGGCCAGAGCUUACGUCUGAAUAGACACACACAUACACACACACAAAAACACACGACAUAUUUUAACUGAGAUGAUGAUUUGCAAACAGUCCACCUCAUAGCUUUCAUGACAUCACAAUCAUGCUUGGGUGAAUAAAGGAGUGCUUUUGUCUUUUCCAUA